AUGGGGAUUGCCGAGGAGAACUUCGUGCAGCCGUCUAUGCAGGAAUUGUGGGCACGAGGCCGGACUACAAAGAGAUUUGUGUUCACACUGUGGGUGCAAGGGAUGGGCCUCCAGCCGGACUUCCUAGCCUCUGCCUCGGGUACCAUGAAGAUCUCCGUAGCUGCCCUUGCUGUCAUCGUCACUGCUGCCGCCAUCUGCACUCCGGCAUCUGCCUCCCCGUACUUUACUAUGAACUCUACAGGCACGCCUCAAGGUCUCCUUCGUCUCUUCCUUCUCCCAGAUGGCUCGGACACCACACCGUGCUGCUUUGCCUACCACUCCCGUGUGCUGCCUCGUGACCACGUCAAGGAGUAUUUCUACACCAGCAGCAAGUGUUCCAACCUUGCAGUCGUCUUUGUCACUCGAAGGAACCGUCAAGUGUGUGCCAACCCAGAGAAGAAGUGGGUUCGGAAAUACAUCAACUAUUUGGAGAUGAAGUAGAGUAAAGGGUCCCUUGAUACCGACCCUGUAUAGGUUACCUGUCGCUGCCUGCCCUAGUGCUAACCAGCUUGGGGACGUCGCUCAGCAACCCCCACACGCGCUCAUUCCUGGGGUGCCCUAGAUGCUGUCAUUCCAUAGAGAUUGUACCAGAGGCCUCUCCUAAAGCCCGGGGGUGUCCUGAGGCCCUGCCAUGCCAACAGGAAGUCUUCAGACUCCGAGCUUCAGGCUCCUCAACCAGGCCAUGGUUUUG